UGACGCCGAAGAAACUGAAACAUCUGAUGACAAUAGUCCUAAAAACGGCAUUGAUGAAGAUGACAUUGACGAGAUUUAUGAGCCAUACAUGGUGUCUCAGUUGGCAAAACGUUUCAUUAGGCGUUUCCUGAAGGGUUUCCUGAGCGGCGUGGGCCUGUAUGCUGGGUUCAAAACGGUGACCGCCUUAGUGAAAAAUCCGUUUAGAGAAAGAUUGCCAAACAUAGCAAAAGAGAUCUUGAGCAAAGACUGUGUCAGAUUUGCAGCAUUUCUUGGCCUAUACCCUAGUGUGUACGAGUUCCUUGUGAGAACAAUCCAUAAAAUAAGAGGAACAAAGGAUGGAUGGAAUCAUGGCAUUGCAGGAGGGUUAGCUGGAUUGACCAUAGUGUUGGAGAAUCCAGUACGAAGGAGAACUCUGUCAUUGUUCACUAUAUCACGAGCUCUGGGUGCGCUCGUUUCCACCUUGAUUACCCGCGGUCAAAUCCCGUCCAUAGUUCACGGCGACACACUGUUGUUCUGCUUGUCCUGUUCAUUCCUGGUGUACUGUACAGCUCUUAGGCCUCACUUGUUACCUAAAGGAUAUUACUACUCUGUCCUCAAGUGGUCCCGUGAUUAUACGGACGACAAUUUAAACCAGCUGUUCCGUGUACCUGGGGAGAAGUUUCUCACCUGUAACGAGGUGGGUCUUCACACAGACUCCUGCACCAGUCAUGCCCUCAGAGACCUCAUCCAGAGCUGGCCCAUGUUUGCCAAACUGUACCUUCCUAUCCAUCUGGCGCCGGUUCUUAUCUUCAGACAUAAGCUGCUCAUCAACAGGCCGGCAAAGGUACUACGCUCACUGAUCAAGAACACUGUCAUGUCUACAACAUUCCUUGCAUCCAUGGUGAUGUUAGCCAAGUACGUGGUCUGCUUCCUGCGAACCACCCUCAGGGAACCCCCACCCCUCAGACACUACAUUCCCGCUGUGGCAGGGCUGGUGGCGGGACUCGGGGUACUGUUUGAGCGGGCGAACAGGCGUAAGGAGCUGGUGCUCUUCCUCAUCCCCCACACUCUCUAUGCUCUGUUCGUCUGGGGCAUGGAGAAGCAUAUCCUCCCCUGGGUACCUUACUCCUCUGUUCCUUUAUUUGCUCUCUCCACCGCCUCCAUCAUGCACGCCUAUGAGCGAGAGCCAGACUCCAUGACACCACUAAUUAACGGUAUUCUUCGCUACUUUGUCGGGGAAAGGGUGGAUAAAAGCAAGAGGGCGAUCAAGCUAAGGACAGAGAGUGAACUGAUGUGAAAAAAUGUUUUUGAAACGGUUUGAUUUAUUUAUUUAUUUGAUUGCUGAUUUACGCCAUGCUCAAGAAUAUUUCACUUAUACGACAGCAGCCAGCAUUAUGGUGGGAGGAAACCAGGCAGAGCCCGGGGGAAACCCACGACCAUCCGCAGGUUGCUGGAAACGGUUUGAAGUUCAGUGUUGAUGCUUAGUGUACUCUGUUGAGGGUUUAGCUAUUCUAUUCAGUGAAUGGCACAUUACUUAUGAAUGGAAAAUUAACUCCUUUGACAAUUAUUGCUAGUAAGGUUUUACUGAAAAAGUUUUUUUUUCAAUAAGUAACAUAACACAUGGAUAAUAAACUCUUUCAGAUAUUACUAAUUGUGUUAAUUAGAAUGAGUUUUUUAUCUAUAAGUAACAUAACACAUUAGGCCCUACGUAUGGAUACUGGUAGCAGAUGCCUUCAAUUACUGCUAGUGAUGGUAAAUUGAAAGAGUCUUCUUUUUUUUUUUUUCGCCAGUAACAUAACACAUUUAACACUCACGGAUAACAAACUCUUUCAGUUAUUGGUAAUUGUGUUUAUUUUUAUUGAGUCCUGUUUAUCUAUAAGUGUCGUUACACAUUAGGCCCUACUUUAUGGAUAGCAAAUGCCUUGAAUUAUUGCUAGUGAUGUGUAAUUGAAAGUCUUUUUUUUCCCCCCACAAGUAACAUAACACAUUCAGUACUUAUGGUUAUCAAACUCUUUCAAUUAUUGUUAAUAAUGUUUAUGUGAAUGAGUUUUUUAAUCCAUAAGUAACAUUACACAUGAGGCCCUACGUACUUAUCUACUUACUACCUAUUUAUGCAGUAAGUUAGAUAAGCACACUAGCUGUCUUGAGGUUCAGUUUAAUAUUUUCUUUUUCAACUUUUGCUCGACAAAUUUAUGAAAUCAAUUGAAUGUUUGCAAUAAUCUGAUCAGGUACAGGUAUAUUUUGUUACACAAAGGUGUUAUAUAUUUGUCAACAGUUGUAUCAGUAUACACAUACAUGACUGUGUCUUUUUGAUGAAGCAUUUUAAGAAAUUGCUUUUUUUUAUUUAAUAUUUUUAUACCUGUACAAUGGUUUAUUAUGAUAAUAGAGAUUGUAAUUUGUAAGAUAAUGUGCAUGCAUCUUAAUUUUUUUGUUUAAUACAAAUCUACCCGAUCAAAAUCUCUAUUUUAACAUUUUUUAUUCCUAGCAUAUAUAUAUAUAUAUAUAUCUUAAAAGUACUGGGUAAGCGUUUUCACAAU